UCGCGCGCCGUGUGGCGGUUUGUGAGCUUCGCCUUCGGCUUCGGAAAGAUGGCGCCGUGCGGCCGGGGCAAGCGCCGGAGCCGCCGUGCCCUGGUGGCCCUGACCGCAACCGUUACUUUCCUGGUACAGCUGCUGCGCCAGGGCCACGCCGCUCGCCUGUACAGCAGCCAGGACCCGGUGGUCAUCCUGGAGGCGGACGGGGCCAAGGGCCUGCUGGGGAACUCGUCGGCCGCUUGGGUGGUGGAGUUCUACUCGUCCUGGUGCGGCCACUGUGUCAACUACGCGCCCACCUGGAAGGCGCUGGCCAGGGAUGUGAAAGAUUGGGAAUUGGCAAUCAGAGUAGGUGUGAUGGACUGUGCCGAUGAGAAGAAUUUUGCCAUUUGUGCAGAGUAUGGCAUUCACUUCUAUCCAACCUUUAGGUACUUCAAAGCACUUGCAAACAAGUUCACAACAGGAGAAAAUUACAAAGGACCAAACAGAGAGUUGCAGACUGUACGACAAAUAAUGAUUGACUUCCUGCAAAAUCACACGAAUGCAAACAAACCUCCAGCUUGUCCUGUGCUAGGCGUGGCAAGCUCUGGCUCUAUCCUGUCUUUGUUGGGUAAACACCAGAAGCACUAUACAGCUGUUAUAUUUGAAAGAGAAUUGUCCUAUGUAGGUCGGGAGGUGAUACUUGAUUUGAUGCAGUAUGAAAAUAUUAUUGUAAAACGAAUGCUGGAUACAGACAUAAAGUUAAUGGAGAAACUUGGUAUCCAUUCAGUGCCAUCUUGCUACCUGUUCCAUCCCAAUGGCUCCCAUGGAUUAAUGUACAUGCAAAAGCCUCUACGAUCGUUCUUUUCUUCCUAUUUAAAGUCACUGUCAGGGGUAACCAAGAGACUAUCUUCCCAAAACACUGUACCUGUGAAGCAGAAGGGAGAGAUAACCAGUCUUGUCAAGCCUAGGAAGGAUUUUGAUCGGAGUAAGGUGUAUAUGGCUGAUCUGGAGUCUGGUUUGCACUAUUUGCUACGAGUGGAACUUGCUAGUCACAAGAUUCUGGAAGGGCCAGAACUGACUACCCUGAAGGACUUUGUUACAGUCCUCUCUAAGCUAUUCCCAGGUCAGCAACCAGUAGUGAAGUUACUGGAAACACUGCAGGAGUGGUUAGUGAGCCUCCCAUUAGAUAAAAUCCCAUAUGAUGCAAUCUUAGAUUUGGUGAAUAACAAAAUGAGGAUAUCUGGAAUGUUUCUCACCAAUCGUAUAGAGUGGGUUGGCUGCCAGGGCAGCCAGCCUCAGUACAGAGGUUAUCCAUGCUCACUUUGGACACUCUUCCAUACCUUGACAGUGCAUGCUGUGAGACGUCCUGAAAUGCGAAUUCUUCCUGGUUUUGACAACAGCCCUCAAGUAGUUCUACAGGUUAUCAGGCAAUACAUUCAUCAUUUCUUCGGCUGCAGAGAGUGUGCACAGCACUUUGAAGAGAUGGCAAAAGAAUCAAUGGAUAAAGUGGCCACACUGGAUGAUGCCAUUCUCUGGCUGUGGAGAAAACACAAUGAAGUGAACAGCAGACUGGCAGGUGCUCCAACUGAGGAUCCAAUGUUCCCUAAGGUAGUAUGGCCAACUCCAGACCACUGCCCCACAUGCCAUGAAGAGAUUCAGGGACUCCAUACCUGGAAGGAGGAAGAAGUUCUGACAUUUUUGAAGUCUCAUUACAGUGUGGACAACAUUUCGUUUAGAUAUAGUGAAUAUGAAUUACAAGCCAACAAAGCAAGGCAACCAGCUCUAGAAAGUAAUGAAAAUGAGGGUAAAAAACAAGCACCACCUCAACUAGGAAAUGGCCACAAGAAGCAAAAAGACAACCCCCAGAACCUAGGCCAAAACUCAAAACACAGUGCCUUGACAAAACAAGGAAACAGUGAUCUAGCUGAUAGGAACCAGAAAAGAAUUUAUUUAGACCAGGAUGCAGCCAACCUGAGGAAAGAGUUUAAACAAUCCGUUUCAUUAUUUGGAAUAGGGUUUUCUAAUGUGGACAUGAGCCUUUGUGUCAUGUUGUACGCAGCAUCCUGUUUUUUCCUCAUGAUCAUGUACUUCUACUUCCAAAUGAGGUCCAAAAAGUGGAAAACUAGAUAUGUCUGUCCUUUAGUUUAGGACCAUUUCCAGCUGUGGUGUAGAAGGAAAAUGGGUCCAUAUUGCAGCAUUAGUCGUCCUUCUGGUGAGGAUAUUGGUGAACCUUUGUUUUCCCCAGAGCACACCUUCACUUUUUUUUAUCAUUUCAGUCUAAGCGAUGAAGUGCAAGUUUAGUUCUAAUAUGUAACUUGAUCGUGAAUAUGUUUUGCAGCAACUCCACCUCCAUUGGCUGAUUAAAAAACAGGAGCAAUAGAUUUGGAAUGCCUGGCUGCCUUUUAAGAGCAUUUCCAGACAUGCCCCAACAACUCAUUUCACCCUUUUCUCCACUACACUCCUGACUGCUAAUUCUUGCUGGGUUUGAUUCCAUGGAAGCUGGGAACCUAGUGCUACCUCACCCAAGCAACUUUCAUUCACACGUAAUGCCUUGACAAUAAGUCCCGGGCUGUUCAACUCUGGGGAGAAGUAUCUUGCUUCUCCUCCUCCUUAAGGUCAACUAAAAGAUGUGAACUGAAUUUGUAACUUUUCUGGCAUGUGUAGCUUGUUUCAUAUGGGUCAGGGAUGGGAGAUGGACAUUUAACUCAUCCCUCUGCCCCCUAGUGUAUCUGCCUCCGCUGCCCUCCCUAACUGGUUCCAAACAUCCAUCACUCUUGAGUAGAGGAAGUCCUUGCUAAUAACAGUUUCAGAUUAGUUUUCCACUAUUUUAAAUAUGUUCCUGGCCCUACAUUUCGACCCCUACUUUUGAAGUGAUACUUAGGUUUAUCUUACACUGAGGUCAUGAUUGCACAAAUAUUCCCCCCCCGCCCUGCUCCCUCACUGCCCCAGCUCACCACCCACCGCAAACAACCCCCCCCACCCCACCCAACCAAUCUUUAUUUUCAUACAACCUUUUGAAAUAUUUAAAGUAUUCUUUCAUUAUUCGCACAUUGAAGUGCUUCUACUCAGCAUGGCUGUCAGGGUAGGUUUUUGUCUGAUGUACUAACUUUGUACCCUCUAGCCUGAGAGCUUCAACUUCUUUAGUCUUUUUUAGCGCACCCCUUUACACCAAGGAUGAACGUCUUUACUCUGUGCACCAUCUCGCAUGUAAGUUCUUUGCUAUUGGGCAAGAAUUGAAUGCAAUAAUUCAUUUAUGAUCUGACCAGUUUCUUGUACAGUUCCAGCAUGGCCAUUGCAGUUCUGAUUAUGUACAAUUUCAUCUUUUCUAAUAGCUUCACUUUAUUGCCUAAACAUUAGCAGUACUGAAUUAACUAUUCCUGUCAAGUUACUUUAAGUCCCUCUCUGCUGAAUCAAGCGCAUUCAUUGUUACACUUAUGCACUUUUUAAAAUACCCUAUGUCUGGUAUUUUACGUGUGACAACCCCACACCACCAUGGACCAUUCUUCAAAUUUCUAGUUUUCAUUCCGCCUGAGAAUCCAUGAAAUAUUUUGCCUAUAUUUUUGGAAGGUGUAUUUUUCAAUGAUAAAAUGUUAAUUAAAAAAUUUGCCUGAAAUGAAAGCAUUCAGUUAUUUUAACAAAUGGUUGUAACUGUACCCCUUUAAAGUGGAACUUGAACCAACCAAAGCCGGGUGCUUACCUGCCUGUGAAAAGAAUUUUGAGGCAUCACUACCGUGGGCAUUUCAUUGUUUUUGUACAUGUUUUGUAUAACAAAGGUGCUGAAUGGGGUAGUUAUUUUUCUGCCUGUCUAUUGUCUGCAAAGAAUCAAGGUACUUGUGUUAAGUCAAGAUUUGCCUAAUGCUACAUUUAUUAAUUUUAAGUUUACAGACCUAUUUCUGUUGAUGUUCAACUGGCUGACCCAUGUUCACUGACCAAGAGUCAUCUGUUCUGGCAAUGUCUCCUUUUGCAGAGAUUUGAAAAUAGCCCUUGUUAAUCGUGUUAAGUUCCUUGUUUUCUAGGCUAUGGUGCAAAAGUUGCCCCACUGUCAGUUCCAACCAUCCCUUUUUUAAAAAAAGUCUUUAGAUUUGUUACAAAAUAUAACUGCCUGAUUUUAAGAGGCCAUAACAGAAAGAGUGUAUCUAAUGUUGCACUAGUACAGUAGUUAAUAGGGAGAUUGCUAUUGGAGCUAACGCACAUGGCCAUGAUAUGGGCCCAGGGUAGGUUUCUGAGGGGAGAGGGGUGGGGGUUGGCAACUGACACCGAUAUCAGAUUUGUGAUACAGUCUGACAUACAAUUGCCUGAAAUAUAUUCAUGUACUUCAAAAGACGGACCCUGUUUUUGUAGUUUUUUGCAAUGAAACAGGCGGAUUGUGAUGUCUACAGCAUGUGCUGAGAUCAAAUGCCAGCAAGUUCACAUACUACUUCAGGCAGAGAAUGAUCCUGUUUGAAUUUUAAAGGUGUGUGUUAAAUAGCUGACCAACUUUGAGGAAGGGACCAAUUACCUUGUAUUUCCUUCCCCUCCCCCAUCCCUUUACUUGACUCCUCUUCAAAAUUAUUUUUUUAAUAGAAGGUUCAGUAGAAUUAUCUGCAGUAUUAUCCAGUGAAAUAUCACCCCAAACCUGCCUGAAGCUUCUCCAGAGAUUCUGUUAUGCCACUGGAGGAAGUUUCCAUUCUGUAUUUCACCUGUUGCAUUUUUUGAACAGACUGGGUGCAAUUUGUUCAUUCAGAAAAGCUGCCUUCACUUUGGAAACGUUUCCUAAAGAUCAUAAUUGAAUUUAUUUAUUUUGUUCAUAGCUGCCUUGUCCAGCUCACUGAAACUGUUGUACUCUGACAUGUGUCAGUCAAUGCUGUAUAUUUUCAUUAGCAGAAAAUGUAGGCAAUCUUUUGUACUGAAAAGAAAUUGAAAGAUAUUUCAUCCUAUUUGAAAUAAAUUACUCUGCAAAGAA